AUGAAAGGUAUUUCAUUAGAUAAAGGUGGCUAUCCAGAUCUUGAAAAAGCUAUAAAACAAAAUCUAGCAGAAUCACAUUUAAUUAGUCACCCACCAUGGUUUCUUAAAGUUAUACAAUUGUAUGAAACUCAACGUGUUCGUCAUGGUAUGAUGACAUUAGGACCUUCAGGUACUGGUAAAUCUUGUUGUAUUCAAGCUUUGAUGAAGGCAAUGACUGAGUGCUUUGAACCACAUCGUGAAAUGCGUAUGAAUCCGAAAGCGAUUACAGCUUCACAAAUGUUUGGACGUUUAGAUGUUGCUACAAAUGAUUGGACAGAUGGCAUAUUUUCCACGCUAUGGAGAAGAACAUUGAAAGCCAAGAAGGGUGAACAUAUCUGGCUUAUAUUAGAUGGUCCAGUUGAUGCAUUAUGGAUUGAAAAUUUGAAUUCGGUUCUUGAUGACAGUAAACUUUUAACACUGGCUAAUGGUGAUCGUAUUCCAAUGGCACCAUGUUGUAAGAUUAUUUUUGAAGUGGAUAAUGUUGACAAUGCGUCACCAGCAACUGUUUCAAGAAACGGUAUGGUAUACAUUAGUACAACUACAUUACAUUGGUUGCCAAUACUACAAGGAUGGUUAAUGUCACGUGGAAAAAGUGAAGCUGACCAGUUGUUACAAUUAUUUACGGCAUCGUUUGAAAGUGUGUACCAAUAUGCAACUAGGCAUUUGAACUUUAAGAUGAGUGUUUUAGAAGCAUUUGUGAUUCGUCAAGCUUGCGAUAUCCUGAGUGGAAUAUUACCUAAGCCAGAAGAAAAGGAUUCUCCCUCGAUAACAUUCAAGUAUAUGGAACGUAUAUACAUAUUUGCAUUGAUGUGGAGUAUUGGUGCUUUUCUUGAAGGUGAUGAUCGUGCUAAAUUCGAGGCAUAUUUACGGAAACAUGAAACUGUAAAAUUUGACCUACCAGAAAUCUCUACAGAAUCACACUCCACAAUAUUUGAUUACUUAGUAAAUGAUCUAGGUGAGUGGAUUCAUUGGGAUACAAAAGUUGAUGAAUUUCUAUAUCCAACUGAUCAUACACCAGAAUAUUCCUCGUUACUUGUACCGAAUGUUGACAAUGUGAGGACAGAAUUUCUUAUAGAUUUAAUUUCCAAACAACAAAAAAGUGUACUGUUAAUUGGUGAACAAGGUACAGCUAAAACUGUGAUACUCAAUAAAUAUUUAAGUAGUCAGAAUCCUGAAUUUCAUAUAUUCAAAACCUUGAACUUUUCAAGUGUUACGACACCGUUGUUAUUUCAACGUGCAAUAGAAAGUUUUGUCGAUAAACGGAUGGGAAGCACGUAUGGUCCACCAGCUGGUAGAAAAAUGACAGUUUUCAUCGACGACAUCAGUAUGCCGUUGAUAAAUGAAUGGGGUGAUCAGGUAACAAACGAAAUUGUCCGCCAAUUGAUUGAAAUGAAAGGGUUUUACAAUCUAGAAAAACCAGGGGAUUUUACAUCAAUUGUUGAUGUUCAAUUCUCAGCAGCCAUGAUACAUCCAGGCUCCGGUCGAAACGAUAUACCACAUAGACUAAAACGACAUUUUUGCAUUUUCAAUUGCACCUUGCCAAGUAACACAUCUAUCGACAAAAUAUUUGGUGCAAUAGCUCAAGGACAUUAUUGUCCUGAAAGAGGAUUCACAGAUUCUUCAGUAACCGAAACAGUCAAGCUUCUUGUCCCGUUAACACGGAUUUUAUGGCAAAAAAUUAAAAAUAAAAUGUUGCCAACACCAGCUAAAUUUCAUUAUAUUUUUAAUCUACGUGAUCUUAGUCGCAUAUGGCAAGGAAUGAUUGGUACAAUACCUGAAGUGAUCAACAAUACAGAACGAUUAAUGAUGUUAUGGCGUCAUGAAUGCUCACGCGUAUUAGCAGACAGAUUUGUAUCAGCAGAUGACCACCAGUGGUUUCAUAUGACAACUAAGCGUUUAGUUAAAGAAGAACUUGGGAUGGAAUAUAUGACUGCAAUUGAAGGCGAUCCAUCAUACUUCGUUAAUUUUCUUCGUGAUCCUCCUGAACCAACCGGUGAUGAACCUGAAGAUUAUAUCGUUGAAGUACCAAGGAUUUAUGAACCAAUCGAAUCAUUUCAACAAUUAACUUCACGUUUGGAGAUGUUUUUACAUCAGUAUAAUGAAUCUGUCCGUGGUGCAAGAAUGAAUCUAGUACUUUUUCGGGAUACAUUAACACAAAUUGUGAGAAUAUCUCGAAUUAUAUAUAUGCCUCGAGGUAAUGCUCUGCUGGUUGGUGUCGGUGGGUCUGGGAAACAGUCAUUUACAAAACUUGCGUCUUACAUCGCUGGUUAUCAAACUUUUCAGAUUACAUUGACAAGGUCCUAUAAUACUACAAAUUUAAUGGAAGAUUUGAAAUUCCUAUAUCGUACAGCAGGUCAAAAAGGACGUGGUAUCACAUUUAUCUUUACCGAUCAAGAGAUUAAAGAUGAAGCUUUUCUAGAAUACUUAAAUAAUGUUCUUUCCUCGGGUAUUAUGUCGAACCUCUUUACACGUGAUGAAACGGAUGAAAUUCUACAAGAUUUAAUCCCUUUUAUGAAAAAAGAGCAUCCACGUUUAACACCAACUAAUGAAAAUCUAAAUGAUUAUUUCCUCAGUAGAACGCGAAAGAAUCUCCAUGUUGUUCUGUGUUUCUCCCCAGUUGGUGAGAAGUUUCGUCGUAGAUCAUUAAAAUUCCCUGGAUUAUUAUCGGGAUGUACAACUAACUGGUUUCAUCGUUGGCCAAAAGAAGCUUUAAUCUCUGUAGCUAAUCAUUAUUUGAUUGAUUUCCCGAUUGUCUGUAAAGAACAGACAAAAACUGCUUUAAUCAAUACGAUGGGUAUAGUACAUGAUGGGAUAGCUGAAGCGUGCAUAGAAUAUUUCUCAAGAUAUAGACGACAAACUCACGUCACACCAAAAUCUUAUCUAUCAUUUUUAUGCAGUUAUAAAUCAGUAUAUUCGCAACAACAUAACCAUUAUGCGAACUUAGCCCAACGCAUGGAUGGUGGUUUACAAAAACUAGUUGAGGCUCAAGAGAGUGUUGCUCAGUUGAGUAAAGAGUUGGCCGUGAAAGAAAAAGAUCUUGAUAUUGCUAAUAAAGAAGCUGAAGAAGUACUUCGGACAGUCACUGUUCAACAAAAUGCAGCAACUGAAGUAAGAAACAAAGUGCAAGUUGUUAAAGAUAAAGCUCAAGCUAUAGUUGAUGACAUUGAUCGUGAAAAGGUUUUAGCGGAAGCGAAAUUAGAAGCAGCUAAACCAGCCCUACAAGAAGCUGAAGAUGCAUUGAACACUAUAAAACCAGGUGAUAUUGCUACAGUUAGAAGAUUAGGAAAACCACCACACCUAAUUAUGCGUAUCAUGGAUUGUGUAUUGCUUUUGUUUCAACGUCAUCUUGAACCAUAUCAACCUGAUCCAGAACGGACCUGUCCGAAGCCUAAUUGGAGUGAAUCUUUAAAACUGAUGACAAAUACUGGUUUCUUGUCAAUGCUGAUGUCCUUUCCAAAAGAUACUAUUAACGGCGAAACUGUUGAAUUGUUGGAACCAUAUUUAAAUAUGGAAGAUUAUACACUAGAAGUCGGUAAAAAAGUUUGUGGUAACGUCGCUGGUUUGUUAUCAUGGACAAAAGCAAUGGCUUACUUUUAUACUAUCAAUAAAGACGUGUUACCAAUGAAAGAUAACUUAAUAAAACAAGAAGCUAGAUUAGCUAAAGCUAUGCUUGACUUGAAUGAUGCUCAAGCAAUACUUGAUGAAAAAGAACUUGAGUUAGCUAAAGUUCAAGCAGUUUAUGAAGAAGCAUUACGUAAGAAAAAUACACUACUUGAGGAUGCUGAACUGUGUCGACGUAAAAUGACUGCCGCUUCAAAACUUAUCGGGAGUUUAGGAGAUGAACAAACACGCUGGACAGAACAGAGUCAGGCAUUUAAAGAAAAUGUUGAAUGUCUUGUUGGUGAUGUACUUGUUGCAACUGGAUUUCUUUCUUACUGUGGUCCAUUCAAUCAAGAGUUUAGACAAAUGUUAUACCAGUCAUGGCAGAGAAUGUUAAGACAAUAUAAUAUACCAGGAUCUACAAUAGUUAACUUAAUUUCCAUGUUAACUCGACCAACUCAACUUGGCGAAUGGAAAAUUCAAGGUUUACCCAGUGAUGAAUUGUCCGUACAAAACGGUAUCAUUGUUGACCAAGCGAGUCGUUAUCCCUUACUAAUCGAUCCACAAGGGCAAGGAAAAUCAUGGAUAAAAAGUCGUGAGCAAAAGCAUGACUUGAUUAUAACUACGUUGUGGAAUAAGUAUUUCAGACAACACUUAGAAGAUGCUUUGUCAACUGGACGUCCAUUACUGAUUGAAGAUAUUGGCGAAGAUUUAGAUCCAGCAAUGGAUAAUGUACUAGAGAAAAAUUUUGUCAAACAAGGUUCAAUUCAUAAGGUAAAGAUCGCUGACAAAGAAGUUGACGUAUUACCUUGCUUCCGAUUGUAUAUUACAACCAAAUUACCCAAUCCAUCAUUUACACCUGAAAUAUCUGCUAGAACUUCUAUUAUUGAUUUCACAGUCACAAUGAAAGGUCUAGAAGAGCAAUUACUUGGACGUGUUAUACUAAGUGAACGACAUGAACUGGAGGCUCAACGUGUUCAAUUAAUGCUUGAUGUACAAUCGAAUAAAACAAAAAUUAAAGAACUAGAAGAUAAUUUAUUAUCACGUUUAGCAAGUGUACAAGGUUCACUGGUAGAUGAUGUAGAUUUGAUUGACGUAUUAAGUUCUACUAAAGUAACAGCUAGUGAUGUAUCAAGAAAGUUGGAAAUUGCCUCUGAAACUGAAAUGCAGAUAACUAAUGCCAGAGAAGAAUAUAGACCGAUUGCAACACGAGGUUCAGUAUUAUACUUUUUAAUUGUUGAAAUGAGCUUGAUCAACUGUAUGUAUCAAACAUCUUUACGUCAAUUUUUAGCGCUAUUCGAUCAGUCAUUAUCAAGAUCUGAAAAAUCUCCAAUUACCACGAAACGCAUUACGAAUGUGAUUGACUACAUGACUUACGAUGUAUGGAGAUAUAUUAUUCGUGGUUUGUAUGAAAUCGACAAAUCGACAUUUUCUCUCUUGUUAGCGUUAAAAAUCGAUAUGCAAGCUGGACGUGUUAGGCAUGAAGAAUUUCAGUGCUUUAUCAAAGGUGGUGCAUCUUUGGAUUUAAACACUGUUAAACAGAAACCGUUUAAAUGGAUUACAGAUAUGACUUGGUUGAAUUUAGUGGCUUUAUCAAGUUUAAAUCAAUUUGCUAGCAUUGUAGAUCAAGUUGUUAGUAAUGAACGUGGUUGGCGUCAGUGGACUGACAAAACUUCGCCUGAGUUAGAAAAUAUUCCUGACGGUUACCAAUCAAAUCUAGACACUUUCAGACGCCUUCUACUUAUUCGAGCCUGGUGCCCAGAUCGUAUAACGAACCAAGCAAAUAUUUAUGUGGGUGACUGUUUAGGUAGAAAAUUCGCUGAAGGAUUUGUACUUGAUUUAGAUGGUGUCUACCAUGAGUCAACACCACUUUGGCCAAUAGUUGGAUUACUUAGUACUGGUUCGGACCCCACUACGCAAAUAGAAUUAUUAGCCAAGAAAUACAGGGUUGAUUGUAAAAUAAUUUCUAUGGGCCAAGGUCAGGAAAUUCAUGCUAAACGUCUGGUCAGUAAUUUAUUAACAACAGGAGGAUGGAUACUACUCCAAAAUUGUCAUCUAUCAUUGGCAUAUGUUGCCGAAUUGUUACGUCAAAUAACUGAAAUUGAACAUAUUCAUCCAGAAUUUCGUUUAUGGGUCACAACUGAAGUACACACUCAAUUUCCAAUUUCAUUUUUGCAAACCUCUAUUAAGUUUACAAAUGAACCACCUCAGGGUAUUAGAGCUGGCAUAAAACGAACAUAUGCAACGUUUACGCAAGACUAUUUAGAUAUUAAUAAUCGACCUCAAUGGAAACCAAUGAUCUACGCAAUAUCCUUCUUACAUACAACAGUACAAGAGAGACGGAAAUUUGGUUCGCUAGGUUGGAAUAUCGCCUAUGAAUUUAAUACAUCUGAUCUAAAUGCAAGUCUACAAUUUGUACAGAAUCACUUGGACGAUAUGGAUCCAAAACUGGGAAUUGAUUGGAAAUGUGUCACAUACAUGCUUGGAGAAAUUCAGUAUGGCGGUCGAGUAACUGAUGAUUUCGAUAAUCGGCUUUUGAACACCUAUUGCAAAUUGUGGUUCAAUGAAAACUUAUUUAAUUCAGAAUUUGAAUUUGCACCAGGUUAUAAAAUUCCACAUGUGCAGAAAUUAAGUGAAUUUAUUAAUGCUAUUAACGAAAUCCCAUUAUAUGAUUCACCUCAAGCAUUUGGAUUACACGAAAAUGUUAACAUAACAUAUCAGAGUAAAAAGGCUAAAGUUAUUUUGGAUUGUAUAUUAAAUGUCCAACCAAAAGAUGCAAACACUGGCGCAUCAGAAACACGUGAAGAUGUAGUACGUCGUAUGGCUAUGGACAUGCUUGACAAAUUACCACCUAAUUAUAUACAAUUUGAAGUGAAUGAACGUUUGAAUCAAAUGGGUGCACUACAACCAAUGAAUAUUUUUCUACGUCAAGAGUUGAAUAGAAUACAAAAGUUGCUUACAAUAAUGCGUGAAAAUCUUGUUGACUUAAAACUGGCUAUUGAUGGUACGAUUGUAAUGAGUGAACAGCUAAGACAAACACUAGAUUGUAUGUAUGAUGCGAGAAUACCCAAUCAAUGGAAAAAGCUAUCAUGGGAAUCAUCUACAUUAGGAUUUUGGUUUACCGAAUUAAUUGAAAGGAAUCAUCAGUUUUAUGAAUGGUUAUACAAUGGACGCCCGGUAUGUUUUUGGAUGACAGGUUUUUUCAAUCCACAAGGAUUUCUUACAGCAAUCAGACAAGAGAUAACACGUAGCCAUAAAGGUUGGGCAUUGGAUACAGUUACAUUAUGGAAUGACGUAACUAGAUUUAUGAAAGAUGAUAUUCAACGUCCACCGACUGAAGGUGCAUAUAUUCAUGGAUUAUUUUUAGAAGGUGCUGAAUUUGACCAAAAGAAUUUGCGUCUAACUGAAUCGAAACCAAAAAUAUUAUAUCAACCAAUGCCGGUUAUUCAUAUACAGGCUGUGGAUAUAUCUAAGGACAAAGAGAUAUCCAAAGAAAUGCUGAAAAACUUCUAUGUAUGUCCAGUGUAUAAAAAACCAUGUAGAACAAACCUAACCUAUGUUACUUCACUUUAUUUACGUUGUCCGCCUAACAAAUCAGUUGAUCAUUGGGUAUUAAGAGGUGUAGCCUUGUUGUGCGAUAUAAGAUGA